CCCCGCCCGGCCCUGACCAAGACGAAACAAGAGCAAGACAAAGCAAGAUGGCGUUUGACGUCGUUGUGCUCAAUAAACUUAAGCGAUCUUAACCAAAAGGUACAUGUACACACAUAUGUUGUUUAAUAGAGCAAGCGUGUUUAUUUAUUGUUUGUACUAAUAUACAUUAGUCUUAGCGCACUUUGACGCUUCUCGUGCUAGCCUAGCUUAGCUAGUUAGCUUAGCCUGUUAGCCGCUAACAAAGACGGGCGGAAGUGAUCAAAACACAUCGCUAAGCAGAGAUCAAGUGUGAGUGUAAAGUGUUGUGAUUGUGUGAAAAUGUGCGAAAGAACCAUAGCAGAGUACGAGGAGGAACUUUGUCCGACAAAAGAGGAGAAGGAGCGACAACAUCAAAAACAUCGAGUUGCGUUACACAGAACAGACGUCCAGCAGCGCCCCCACAAUAAAGAAGAAGAGGGGGAUCCACAGCCGCCCCACAUUAAAGAGGAAGAGGAGGAAGUGUGGAUCACCCAGGCGGGGGAGUGUCUUCUCGGGCAGGAGGAGGCUGAUAAAACCAAGUUUCCACUAUCUGUGGUCUCUGGGAAGACUGAAGAGCAUGAAGACAAACCACCUGAGUCCUCACAGCUUCAUCACAGUCCAAACGUCCGUGGGGAACAUCUUCUCCCUGAGCAGCAGGAGCGGGCCUCCAGGAUGGAACAUUGUGAGCCACAGCUCCCUUUUAUUAAAGAGGAAGAGGAAGAGCGCAGCAUCAGUCAGGGGGGAGAGCAGCUUGAAUGGAUGGAAGAGUUGCCAUUGACUGUCAUUGUGAAGAGUGAAGAUGAUGAGGUCAAAGGUGAGAGUGAGUCGAAGAGAGAGGCGGGGCCUACAAGCAGCAGCUCAACAGAAGCUGAUGGAGACCACUGUGGAGGAUCACAAGCAGACAAGCGCUUAGCUCCACUAUCAGAUAGUGAGGACACAACGUCACACUCUCCUGACUCUGAUGAUGAAGACUCUAAAGAUGAUAAGACAUCUCACGCUGAGAACACAUGCUUUCCAUGUCCUCUCUGUGACAAAACCUUUAAUUACCGUUGUUAUCUUAAAGUGCACAUGAGAACACACAGCGGUGAAAAACCUUAUGAGUGUUUAGUCUGCGGCAAACGCUUUACACGGGGACAGUGUUUGAAAAAACACAUAAGAUUACACACCGGGGAAAAACCUUUCACCUGUUCAAUCUGCGGUAAAUGUUUCGCGCAGAGUCAAGAUUUAAAAAGACACACCCGGACGCACACCGGCGAAAAACCAUACCCUUGCUCAAUCUGCCAAAAAAUAUUUUCCGACCGAUCAGCGCUUGCACAACACACGAGAACGCACACGGGCCAAAAGCCUUUUACCUGUUCUAUCUGCGGUAUAGGUAUGGUACAGAGUCAAAAUUUAAAAGCACACAUGAGAACGCACACCGGCGAAAAACCAUUUUCCUGUUCCGACUGCAACAAAAGCUACUACAGCCAAUCAGCGCUUGUCAAACACGCAAGAACACACACUGGUGAGAAAGCUUUCACUUGUCCACACUGCAACAAAAGCUUCUAUGGCCGGUCGAACCUGGUGGAACACAUCAGAAUACACAACGAAGGGCAACCUUUUACCUGUUCAAUCUGCGGGGAAGAUUUUAUUCAGAAGCAGCAUUUGAAAACUCACAUGCGAGUGCACGCCGGCGAGAAACCCUAUUCCUGCUCGGAAUGCGGUAAAAGUUUCGGGCAAAAUAACUGUUUGAAAGAACACAUGAGAACGCACAGUGGAGAAAAACCUUUUUCCUGCCCGGAAUGCGGUCGAGAUUUCCGGCAAAAGAAGGUGCUAACGCAGCACAUGAAAAUACACAGCGGAGAAAAGCCGUUUCCUUGUUUGAUCUGUGAUAAAAAGUUUGUACGGCGAGAGCAUUUUAAUGUGCACAUGCGGAUGCACACGGGAGAAACGACUUUCAGCUGUUGAAUCUGUCAUCAUUCGAAAAGACACGUAAGCAAACAGGUGAACUACUGUUGAGGUGCGUUGUUUGUUUUGUUAGACCUUUAUUGUUAGUAAAAUUAACAUACUGACUUUAACAUUAGAACAUAUAGCAUCUGGGACAUUGUUAGUGUGUGUGUAACAAUCUUAUUAAUCAUUCUGUACGGCGAUGAUUAGAUGUUUAGGAUUAGUUUUUGUUUUUUUUCUCAAGUACAUCCAUUAAUAUUCAACAUUGUGUACUAAUAUAUAGACACCAGAAAAAAUUGACUGACAAUAAGAUAAUAAACCAUACAAAAUUAAA